AUGGCGGACGAGGAUUUCGAGAUUGACGUCUAUGGCGACGCAAACGAGGCAAACGAUACCAAUGUCGAAGGUGAUGAUUCCAAAGUCGACGACUCCAACAACCAUGCCUAUGAAAGCAACGCCGCCAUAACUAUUGCCAAUGGUUCUAAUCCCGAUUCUACCGCCCACGCGCAUAACGAAGACUACAAUGCCGACGAUCGUCAUGAGAUGGAUACACGUAGUACUAGCGCAACUCCUGCGCAAGGCGUAAAGCGCAAGGAAGGUUCAGAUGACAGACCUAUUGAUCCCGGCGCAACUAGUGCACUAUUGCUUUCUGAAUUGCAGUGGUGGACUACAGAUAACGAUAUCCGCAAUUGGAUUCGAGGAGCAUCUUGUGAGGAUGAGAUGAAGGACAUCACUUUCAGCGAGCACAAGGUCAAUGGUAAGAGUAAGGGCCAAGCUUAUGUCGAGUUUUUGUCCCAACAAGCUGCUACCGCCGUUAAGCGACAAGUUGAGACCAUGGAUUCCAACCAGCCGGGCGGCAAGAAGAUCACCGUAAUCUACACAUCACAUACUACCAACCCGUUCAAAACUCUACCGAAGGAUGCACCGGCGAGGGCCAAUAAGGAUGGAGGUUCCCGUGGAGGUUCUAACAUGGGUGGCUACAAUGAUCGUGGUAACUUCAGAGGUCGCGGUAACUUUAAUGGACCCCGUGGAGGAUUUAACCGCAACUUUGCUGGUAACAAUAUGGGUGGCGGUGGAUUCCAUGGAAACGUACCCGGUGGAUUUAACAACAACAUGGGAGGCGGAAACUUCGGUUUUAAUAACGGUGGCGGUGGUGGAAAUUUUGGCUUCCGUGGCGGUAUGAUGCCGGGUGGUGGCAUGGGCGGUGGCAUGCGUGGAGGUGGAAUGCGCGGCGGCCGUGGAGGUGGUAUGAAUCCUGGUAUGAACGCGGGCAUGAGCAAUGGAAUGAUGCCCGGUAUGGGAGGUAUGGGUAUGCCUAUGAUGGGCUUCCAACAACCUCCGCACUUCAAUCCGGCCUUCUUUGGUGGUAACCAAUCAUCGGAUUGGCAGAACCCUCACGGAGCCAAGCGCCCUCGGGAGAACUAG